AUGCAUGCGACGUCCGUUGCAUCAUCGAGCCAAAUGUUUUCCCCGUUCAGCCAGAAGACGCAGGGCUCGUCGCAGGCGUUCAAUCCUUUUGCUCCUCGACCGGCCGGCGAAGGAGCUUCAUCAUUUGGUUCCGGUGGUGCAGGCGGCUCCGACUCGCAGAAGAAGAGUAAGCGCAAGAAUGGCUUCGCCAGCGGCAGCGACAGCGAGAGGAAGCCCAAGGCCGGCAAUCCGUUCCUGGCCAAGGAUGGGAAUGGGAGCUUGAGCGACAGCGGGAGGCAGGGGAAGAAGCGAGGUGGAGACGGGGAGAAGAAGAAGCUGUCAGAGGUCAAGAGGACGCAGAAGAAGGAACGCGGCGAAGACAGCACGUCACGCCCCAGCUCGUCUUCGAGCGUGAGCUCCGUCGACGAAAUCCCCGCCACUUCGAUGAUACGCGCCACCGAUCCGUACACGAAGAAGGUAUACGACCAGCUGCGGAAGGAUGGCAUCAGUCCACCAGCCUGGCCGUCCCAGCCAGGAGAUCCGAAGAGCAAGGCAGAGAUGGCCAAGUUCAGGGAAAAGUACGAGGACUAUCGACAAAAGGUGCGCGCCUCGCUCACGAAAGCGGCUCUGAUCGACGAUCCGAACGAACGAAAGUCGCUCCAGAACGCCAUCACCUUCCAAGGUAUCUGCGAGGAUAUGUGCUCCGAGUACGAAAAGAUUACACGAAUCACCGAGCUGGAUGUUCCCCAACCGGAGAGGGAUUCACGGACAGGGGUUGCAAAGACGAGUCGAAUGGUCAAGAAGCUGGCACGCUCGGCUGCCGGACAGGAGGCUCCUCUCCCAAUGGACGUCCGCUCUACGGCUGCCUUGCGACGAACGUUGGACUACCUGAUCGACGACCUGCUUCGUAACGACGACAACUUGCCGAUUCUUCACGGUUUCUUGUGGGACCGAACGCGAGCUAUCCGCCGAGACUUUACCUUCUUCUCAUCCCCUACGACCGAGGAUCUGAAGACGCAGGCAUAUGUGCUGGAGAACAUUGCGAGGUUCCACGUCACGGCACUGCAUCUUCUGUCACAACCAGGAAAAGCUGGCGAGGAUUUUGUGGAACAGCAGGAACUCGAGCAACUUGGAAAGGCUCUACUCUCUCUCCGAGAUUUGUAUGACGACUGCAACGCUCAGGGGAUUGCGUGCGAAAACGAGGCUGAAUUCCGCGCAUACUAUGUGCUCUUCCACGCCCACGAUUCAAAUACGGUUGAGAUGCUGCAACGACAAUGGAAACCGCAUUUCUGGAGGGACUCGGACGACAUUAGGACUGCCGUAUCGCUUGUCGAAGCCUUGCAGAACACCAACGACUUUCAUCCCCCAUUGAAGCCGGCUCCCUCCCUGGCGGCAGCCAACGCCUUCCACUCAUACUUCCGGAUUGUCGAGGACCCCAGCGUCUCAUACACGAUGGCAUGUUUUGCGGAAUGUCACUUCCCACAGAUUCGGCGGUCGAUUCUGCGGGCUGUGAGGAGAGCAUUGGCCCGGCCCAAGGACACGACAAACGAUGUGACAGCCGCUGCUUUGAACAAGUUUCUCCGGUUCGACACCACGCAAGAGGCGAUCGAUUUCGCGAAGCUACACGGUAUCGAGUCCGUUCCAGACGCGCAGGCUCCCAUGGACGUCGACCGACAACUCAUGGUCCUGAAUAACAAGGGGCCCCUUUUGCACCCGCGACUUCACCAUCAGUUCUCACAAACUCUGGUGGAAAAGAAGCGGCAAAGCCGGCCAUUGCCGGAUGUGAUUCACAAAACUGUCUAUGAGAACCCAACAAAUUCUUUACCGAGUGCCCCCUCAUUGAAAAACGAAGGAUCUCUCUUCGUCGGAGGUUCAGGGCCAGGAACUCCAGCCGAAUCUCCUUUGAUGAGCUCCCAAAAACCAGCGCCUUUGCCUGCGUUCGGCCAGCCUUUAAGCGGCUUUGGAAGCAACCUUGCUGGGACGCCUAAAGCACCAGAGCAAACAACCAGCGUCUUCGGAGCCCCUGAGGCACCAAAAUCAACCACACCAUUUGCGAACCCUUUUGCUUCCGCCUCGACACCCACGGCGACAGCUUGGGGCAGCGCUCCCACUUUCGGUUCUACAACGCCUGCUUACCCUUCGAACAAUCUACCGGCCGCGGCCAACCCUUUCGCAUCUGCCACCACGUCAAGCAGUACCUCUGAGAAACCCCCUACUCAGCCAACACUCUUAGGGGGAGGUACCGCUAGCAAUCCUUUCGCAACGGCAGCGCCAGCGCCUUCUACGACAUUUCAGGGCUUUCAGGGCUUUCAGAGCAAAGCACCCUCUCAGCCGCAAGAGGUGAAUGGUGGCACCACCCCUACCACAUUGCCUCCCCCUUCGGCCGCAUCUGCCUUCUCCGUCCCGGGUCCAGCCACUGCUAAGCCGCCUGCUCCUGCCCCUGCUCCACAACCUGCGAGCCCUCCGCGUGAUCCGCUUGGCGAAUUCACAAAGUGGUUCGUCAAUGGAGAUAGUGGGUUGAUGAGGGAAUUCGAGGUAUUCAUGGUAGAAAGCAUUGUCCGCGAAACUUACGACAAGUUCCAAAAGGAUGAGGCAGAGAGGAAGGCCAGAGAGAAAGAGGAACGAGACAAUGCGGAAGCUAAGAGAUUCCGAGUUUACAAUCUUUCCCUGAAAUACUUUUACCGAUGGAAGAAAAAUGCUCGAGAGAAGCGGCUACGGCAUCUUCGUCGAAGCGGACGCGACCAAUUUCGCGCGUUUCGCGAAGCUCAGCGAGCAGCACAGAUCAGGGAGGAGCAGGAAAAUGCUCAACGGAUUGCGAGGCAACAGGCGGAACUGGCUGCUCUCAAUCGACCUGAUGAGCUGGCAAGCAUCAUGAGGAAGAACCAACGGAAUAAGAGGAAAGCGGCGGAAGACGCACUGCUUGCAUCCGGUGUCUUGUCCGGCGUUUCCAAUGAACGGAGGGCCGUGUCAGCCAUCUUUCGCAACGAUUACCGACUAUCUUCUCCCACGCCGUCGUCGAUCAAUGGGAGCCAGGGGGUCAGGUCUCGUUCUGGGUCGGUCGCCAGCACCGAGGGUGGCUCAAAAACGCGAGCGUUGCGCGAACGACUCAUGGGAGAGAAGCCUGGUCGAUUUCCUCGCUCUCUACCUUCUGUGUCGGCAGACAGCUCACCGCCGGAGAAGGCGCGCGUCAGCAAAGUAUCGGAGCGCUGGCGGUUGAAAGCCAUGGGCAUCGUGCAGAUGCCGGACGGGACUGCUCUUCCGGAAUCCAUGGUGGAUGAGAUCAAACGCGGCCUUAGGAGGGACACGAGCCAUAGGAGGGACACGAGUCUCAGGAGAGACGCAUCCCUUCGACGGGCAUCAAUCACCUCGGCAGCGAACGACCCCUUCGCCGACAGUCCGCUCACUAUCAACAAUAAGCGCAAGCGGUCUUUCGGAGACGAAGGCGAAAGCGGUGAGACGGCCAAGGAGAGAGGAAGAGGAGUCGAGGAUGAUACGGACAACAUGGACUCACACAAGCGCGUCAUGAGCGACGCAGACCUCUUGAUACAAGAGCUCAGGGCGAUGAGGCAGGAGAUGGAGGAGGGCACGACGUGGUUCAAGUCACAAAAUGGAAAGCUACAGAGCGAUAUACUGAGCAGGGGAGGGACUCCUCUUUUGGACGAAAGCAGCAUCAUAUGA